AGCUUUCUCAUUUAUCAAUAUAUGCUCAAAUCGACCUGCAUGUUAACUCGUUUAUUUUCCCCAGGAAAAAUCGCUCAAGUCACUUGAUAUGGCGGCCUUCACACUUCCGGAUCCUCCGUCUUCAAACAAGACCAAUCUUGCCAUUGUAGAGCUGGUCCUCUAUGCAAUUCUCUUCAUUCCGGUGAUACCGAUCGCUUGGAAACAUGGCAAGGCCGGCAUGACCUGCUGGCCAAUCUUUGUAUCAUACUUUCCACUUCGGUUCGUCGCCGACGGAUACCAGAUUGCCAAGCGCAACGAUCCUGAGAUUCCCAAUGCGGUCAUUAUCAUGACUACCGCCGGAAGCAUUGCCUGUUUAUCGCUGACUAUAAUUGGGAUGAUCUAUGAAGUAACGGCACUUAGGAACGUCAUCCUUCCACUUCCCCCAAAACGAUGGACCGAAAGAAUACUCCUCGCCGUCACCCAUCUCUCCAUCACAGCUGGCAUUACACUGUCUACAUAUGGAGGAGCACCCAAGUUUGGAGCCCCCGGUGGUGUUGUCGCACAACAUCUAAACCAGAUCGGCACCUGCAUGAUGCUGUUUGUCAUGAUAUUCGGUGUAGGGUGGUGGCUUUGGUGGACAGGAAAACGCGUCACAGCCAUGAAAGCGCAUCCGAACUUCCAACCCGCAAGAUACCUGCUUCUCGCGGCAUGCGCGGCAUUUCCUUUCCAGCUUGUUCGGCUUGGCUACGCCUUGACCUACUCCUUCACCCCAUACUCGAGUCUGGAUCCCGUUUCUGGAACAUUCGCUACUAGGCUGGUGCUUAUGUUUGGUAUGCAAAUGAUUGUUGCAGUAAUUGCUACUGUGGGCGGCUGGCGUGGCAUUGGUGCUGUGCCCAAUUCGACCCAGAGCAAUGGAAGGCAGGGAUUUGGAAGUGUCGCGCAACCGUGGCUCUGCUGGCAAUCCGCCAAAGUUAUCGGAUUCAUCUGGCGACAUUUGGAAGUCCUGCUUAAGCCGUCUGUGGGCAGAAUGUAA